AUGUCUUCCAAGCUUGACCAGUCCCUCGAGGAGAUUGCCGGCACUCGCCGCAACGACGCUCGUCGUACUCGCCGUGGAGGCAAGCCCAGAACUUCCGUUGGAGGUGUCACCAAGAACACCGCUGCCGCUAAGCCCGCUGGUCGUCAACCCAAGGCUGUCGCCGCCGCUGCCGCCGCUGUCGGUGCCGCUCUUCCCACUACUGGAGAAAGUAAGAUCAUUGUCAGCAACCUGCCUUCCGAUGUCACGGAGGUUCAGAUUAAGGAAUACUUCACAACGGCUGUCGGACCCAUCAAGAAGGUCCUCCUCAACUACAACAAGAACGGCCGUAGUGUCGGCGUCGCCACCAUCAUCUUCUCUCAGCCACAGAGCGCAGCAGAAGCUGCGAAGAAGCUCGACUCUGUCAAGGUUGACGGAAAGCCCAUGAGAAUUGAGGUUAUCCUUGGUGCCAAGUACGCCCCUGCUCCCGUUGCACCCAAAUCACUUGGUGAUCGCAUCCAGGGCACAAAGGCAAAGAAGGAGAACAACAAGCCUAAGCCGGCUGCCGCUGUACCCAAGCCUGCUAACGCUGCUGCUGGUGGUGCUGCCAAGGCCGCUGGCCGUGGUGGUCGCAAGGGCCGCGCUGGCCGUCCCAAGCCCAAGACUGUCGAAGAACUCGAUGCCGAGAUGAGCGAGUACUUCGACCCCAACGCCGUCGCACCUGCCGCCAACACAAACGGCGCUCCUGCACCCGCUGCUGCCCCUGCUACCGGCGACGCCACCAUGGAGGACGAGAUCAUGUAA